GACCAAGAGACCAGCUACACAAUUAUCAAAUCUAAGGAGACAACUAUUACCGCAGAGGGCUUGAAACCAGCUUCGGUGUACGUCUUCCAAAUUCGAGCACGUACAGCAGCAGGCUAUGGUGUCUUCAGUCGAAGAUUUGAGUUUGAAACCAUCCCAGUGUUUGCAGCCUCCAGCGAUCAAAGCCAGAUUCCUAUAAUUGCUGUGUCUGUGACGGUGGGAGUCAUUUUGCUGGCAGUGGUUAUCGGCUUCCUCCUCAGUGGAAGUUGCUGCGAGUGUGGCUGUGGGAGGGCUUCUUCCCUGUGCGCUGUUGCCCAUCCAAGCCUAAUAUGGAACUACCUUGUAAAAGAUCCAGAAGAGGAAAAGAUGCAUUUUCAUAAUGGGCAUAUUAAACUGCCAGGAGUAAGAACUUAUAUCGAUCCACAUACCUAUGAGGAUCCCAAUCAAGCUGUCCAUGAAUUUGCCAAGGAGAUAGAAGCUUCAUGCAUCACCAUUGAAAGAGUUAUUGGAGCAGGUGAAUUUGGUGAAGUUUGUAGUGGACGUUUGAAAUUACCAGGAAAAAGAGAAUUACCUGUGGCUAUCAAAACCCUUAAAGUAGGCUAUACUGAAAAGCAACGCCGAGAUUUCCUGGGUGAAGCAAGUAUCAUGGGACAGUUUGAUCAUCCUAACAUAAUCCAUUUAGAAGGUGUUGUGACCAAAAGCAAACCAGUGAUGAUAGUGACAGAGUAUAUGGAGAAUGGCUCUUUAGACACAUUUUUAAAGAAAAACGACGGGCAGUUCACUGUGAUUCAGCUUGUCGGCAUGCUGAGAGGCAUCGCCGCAGGAAUGAAGUACCUUUCCGACAUGGGCUAUGUGCAUAGAGACCUUGCUGCUAGAAACAUCUUAAUCAACAGUAACCUUGUGUGCAAAGUGUCUGACUUUGGGCUUUCCAGGGUACUGGAAGAUGAUCCUGAGGCAGCCUAUACCACAAGGGGAGGCAAAAUUCCAAUCAGAUGGACUGCUCCAGAAGCAAUAGCUUUCCGAAAGUUUACCUCGGCCAGUGAUGUCUGGAGUUACGGAAUAGUGAUGUGGGAAGUUGUGUCUUAUGGAGAGAGGCCCUACUGGGAGAUGACCAAUCAAGACGCAGUCAGUUUUCUGUGCUUUCUUUUUCCUGCAGAUUUUAAUCCAGUAGUUUUAUUGCUACAUCUGCUGUCCCAGAUCUUGCUUAUGAGGCAGCAAGAAUAUUUGACUCCAAAAAGAUGUCAACCAGCUUUGGAUUUGAGACGGCUCGGAGUGACUCUUGUCGGUCACCAGAAGAAGAUCAUGAACAGCCUUCAAGAAAUGAAGGUGCAGCUGGUAAAUGGGAUGGUACCACUGUAACUUCAUGUUAACUUCCUCAAGCGAAUGAUUCUGCA